AAGGUAUUUUGCCGACUCUGACAAGCUUUUUCAAUUUCUUAUUGGUUUAAUAUUGCUCUAUUAAAACCACAAGUUGUGGAAGGGGCAGGUAAGACAUUGCAGUGAAAGUCAAAAGCAAGCAUAAGUAGGCUGAAUUAAGACAAACACAAGAAAACACUGUGGGAUGGUUAUCUAGAUUUCUCAUACAAAUCUCAAACAUAUAAAUCCCCUUUGUCCAUUGACAAUCAACCAAGUCGAUGCCUUGUAAAAUCUUUUGUUCUCUAAAUCCCUGCUUAUUGCCAAUGGAAAUACAGUUCCAACAACAGCAGCAGCCGCAGAGAUCAAAUAGCAAAGGAGGCAAACUCAAGGGAAGACAUAAAAGCAACAAUAAAGUUAACAAGUUUGUUGGUGUAAGACAAAGACCUUCUGGUAAAUGGGUAGCUGAGAUCAAAGACACAACAAAGAAGAUCAGGAUGUGGCUCGGCACCUUCGACACUGCUGAAGAAGCCGCUAGAGCUUACGAUGAAGCCGCUUGCCUUCUACGCGGCUCCGAUACUCGCACCAACUUUGUUACUAAGGUGUCGUUUGAUUCUCCUCUUGCGUCUCGGAUCCGGAAUCUUCUUAACAGCAAAAAGGAAAGUAAGGAAAUAAAUGUUUUAGUCUCAGCUCCCACCCCAAGUUUUAGCCCCAGCAGUAGUAUUACCACUACUAGUGGCGGUAGUUCUUCUAAUUGCGAUGGAGGCUUCAGUAAUGAGAAUUAUUCUCCUAUCGAAAUCGUUCAAGAUACUCAGCUCUUCGAUGAUGCAUACAAACCUGACAUGAGUAACUGCACAAGGGAAUUCAAGUCUGCAUUUUCUGAACCAGACUUUUCUUAUACCAAUGAAUCAGGGUUUGAUAGGUUUCUUUAUACACAAGAAAUCAUGAAUUUGCCCAAGAAUGUUGUUUUGUCCGAGGAAACAGGUUCCGAGUUGACAGAAUUCGAGAGGAUGAAAGUCGAAAGGCAAAUCUCAGCUUCACUUUAUGCUAUGAAUGGACUGCAAGAGUGUAUUGAAACUCUCCAUGAUCCUGCUGAAGCCUUGUGGGAUCUUCCACCAUUAUGCUCUCUGUUUUCUUGAAUUCUUGAAAAUGAUCUUCAUUUUGAUCUUUCCUUCCAUUUCUUCUUGUUAAAUCAAGAGAGUAUAAGAUUUAGGUUUAAAUGCAUGUUGUUGUAGGUUACAGAGACAAAAAUAACAGGCAGAGAUUAGAGAUGAUCUCCAUUUUGUAAAAUGUCAACUAUUCCUUUGGAAAGUCUCAUCCAUCUCUCA